AAUACUGUGUAUGUUCAUAGAAAAAAUUGUGAAGGACGAGGAACCUUGCGCGCGCGCGCGCUUUCUCUGUCCCUUAACUGCUCUGACCAACCCCACCUUCUUCCAGCUGCCUUGUUCCCUCUACCUCUGUCUGUCUUCUUGACGCCUUCAAGCUCCGAUUCCGAGCCACCACUCCCUCUGAGCACGAAUAAGCACAGCCGGCGAGCAGAGGACGAGCCACUGUCGACAAUGGCGGAGCCCAAGGCGUCCAAGAGCAAGUCCAAGUCCAAGUCCAAGAGCAGCCACGACGGGGCGGCGUCCAAGAAGUCCAAGGCCAGCGCCGCCGCGGCCGCACCAGGGACGCUGGACGCGCACUUCGCGCCGUGCGCGGACGUCAAGGGCCUCCGCUUCGGCGCGCAGCUCGUCACGCGGGCGCUCACCGUGCGCCGCGCCGCGCCGCUCGAGCUCCCGCACCUCCUCCGCGCCACGCCGUGCCCCUCCCCCUCCCCCGCCACCACCGCCUCCGCGGACGCGCUGUCGUUCGCGCCGACGACGACGGCCUACAUCCCGACCAACUUCGCCAUCCUGGCGCACCACGCGUGGCACACGCUCACCCUGGGCCUGGGCACCAAGAACUCCAAGGCCGCCGUGUUCGUCUUCGAGUCCGCCGCCAUGAAGGCCGCGGCGGACGCGGCGUGGCCGGGCGUCGUCCCGCUCGGCGACGUCGGACGCCGCCUCAUCCGCGCGGCGCCUGGGAAGCCCGAGAUGGCGCGCUUCAAGUUCCGCAAGGGCUGCGUCACCUUCUACGUCUACGCCGUCCGCACCGCCGGCGCGCGCGGGUUCGCGCGCGCCGACGAGCUCCGCGCCGUCGUCGAGGCCGUCGCCAGGCUCAAGGACUUCCUCGACCACACCGCCAUGCUCGCGCUCCCCGGACAGAGGAGCAUCGACGUCGCCGCCGCGCAGAUGGGCGUCGUGCAUUGAGCCAUUGACGCGCUUGAUUUCCGGUGGCGGCUUGUGGCGAACUGUGAAUAGGAUCCAUUCUUUUCUUUAAUUUCUUUUUGUUUCUUGCGGAGUGUCCAGUGUGCAUUGAUUUCUGAAUGUGGCAGUUUCUUUUUGGAUUGAGAUCGAUGUUUGUUGCGCAAUUCCUUGGUUCUCUGCUGUGAAAUUGUUCAUUAGCACCGGAAGAUGCCAUGGAAAUUUCAGUCCUAAUAAGAUGCUGAUAGGUUACCCAGUCAUAGUUAGCAUUUUUCUCUUCAGAUUAAGAGUGGAGUUACAAGACAAGCUGAUCCUUGGCUUCGCGUUUCAGUUAAAGAGAUAACGAGUGUGCCUAGUUUUCAUGCUUCGUGAGCAAAAGCGUUUGAUUUGUAGACAAUUUGUCAAAAUUCAGUUCAUGAAUGAAUUUCAUUGUCUGUCUA